AUGGAAGAAUUGGAGACAGAAGUAGAAAGUGCAAAGGAUUACGCAUUGAGUAUGCAAGAAAAAUACUGUACAGCCCCACAAAAUAUCGGAAACUUUACCGGUAAGCAAUGCGGAAAUUGCCAUCUGCGACUUGACCACAAUGCAAGACAGUGCGCUAUUGAAAAAUGUGUGACAAGUCAGCAAUGCGGUGAUGUAAGUAAACAUCCGGAAGAGAAAUCAAUUGUUGAAAGUUCAAAUGAGCACCUCAAACGACUUGAGAAAAAUUUGAGAGAUAAAAAGUUAGAGCAGGAGACAAAAGUGAAGGCAACUGACUCUGUUAAAAACUCUUUCAGUCAGAAAAUUAGGGGAUAUCUAAUUAACAGCGACAAAGGAAAAUAUUUACUAAAAACUGCAAACGGGCAAUACGUACCAAGAUCCGGCAUUGUCAACAUUGAUACGGCAAAACUUGAGAAACAUUUUCACGGAAAGAUGCCAGAUAACUUGGAGCAAAUAUCGCACACGUUUCCUACAAUAAUAAAAAAUUUUGACGGCGGACGUUUCAGACCUCGGAAUAUUAACAUAGGAAAUCCAGCUCGGCCAAUUCUGGAGGCGAACUCCGUGCGGUUUCCUGCGGCAUUAGGAAGGCCCCCAAGUCCAAACGAACCAUGUCCCUGGGAUGAAUCCGUGCCACCUAAGAAAAGGCGUUAAAUGUACAUUGAAAACGUGUAAUUAAAU